UCAGAGCGUCGAGAUGGAGCCCAACUCACUGAAGUGGGUAGGCUCACCCUGCGGCUUGCACGGAUCUUACAUUUUCUACAAGGCGUUUAAAUUGCACCUGGACGGCAAGCCGAGGAUCCUGUCCCUCGGCGACUUCUUCUUGGUGCGGUGUAAACCGGAGGAUCCUAUUUGCAUAGCGGAGCUCCAGCUGUUGUGGGAGGACAAGGCGUCCAAGCAACUUUUAUCGAGCUCCAAACUUUAUUUUCUCCCAGAAGACACUCCCCAGGGAAGGACUGUCAGUCACGGCGAGCAUGAGAUCAUCGCUGCAUCCGAGAAGGUCAUCGUGAAGCUGGAGGACCUGGUGAAAUGGGCGGUCUCAGACUUCACCAGGUGGGAGUGUGGUCUCCGGGCUGUGCCUCUGAAACUCUCUGUGGUCAAGGAGCUGGGGCAGAAUGGCCAGAGGGAGGCCUUGCACAAGUACAGAGAGUCGAUGCUCAACAGUGGCCUCAACUUUAAGGAUGUCUUGAAGGAAAAAGCAGAACUUGGCGAUGAUGAUGACAGGAGGAGAGUUCUGGUGCUUAGCUACCCCCAGUACUGUCGGUACCGGUCCAUUAUUGCCCGCCUGAGAGAGAGACCCUCAUCCCUGCUCACAGACCAGGUGGUUCUGGCCCUGGGGGGCAUCGCCACCCUUGAUAGCAAAACUCAGAUCCUAUACUGCAGGGAGACCUUUGAACAUGCCACACUUAUUGAGAACGAGAGCGUCUGUGACAAACUGGCCCCCAAUCUGAAGGGCCGGCCCCGGAAGAAGAAACCAUCCGUAUCCCAGCGCAGAGAUUCCCAGGGUCAGUGUGCAGGCAAGGAGACGGUCAAGGAAGCGUCAAAGGAGGCCAGCGGCACUGAGGGCAAGGCCUCUGUCAAGGUAAAAACAGAGCUGAAAACAGCUGUGGCCAAGCCCAAAAGUAGCAGUGGUAAGAAGGCAUCAACUGACGAAAGGUCCGAUGACACGGCGCCAGGUGAGGAGUGCCGGGCCGAUGAGCAGGCCUUCCUAGUAUCUCUGUACAAGUACAUGAAAGAGAGGAAAACACCCAUUGAGAGGAUUCCUUACCUGGGCUUCAAGCAGAUAAACCUUUGGACUAUGUUUCAAGCUGCUCAAAAACUCGGAGGCUAUGAACUGAUCACGGCCCGCCGCCAGUGGAAAAACGUGUAUGAUGAGCUCGGGGGUAAUCCGGGAAGUACGAGUGCUGCCACUUGCACACGUAGGCAUUAUGAGAGGCUCAUCCUCCCUUACGAAAGGCACAUCAAAGGGGAGGAGGACAAGCCCCUUCCCCAGGUGAAACCUCGGAAGCAGGAGAGCAGUGUGCAGCAGGGUGGCAGUGGUGGCAAGGCCAAGGCCAUAACACCAAAGCGCACCAAAGGCGAACAGCAGCCAAAGCCCAAGAAUGACUUGGACGCAUCAGUGAAAAGCCAGGACCCUCUGCAGGUGUCUGCCAACAAGGAGCAGAGUCCAGAGGUCCAGAAACCCCAGCAGCAUUCCUUGCUCCAUGAUGAGAAGAGUGGAGAUGAUGAAGAGGAGCUACAACUUAUGGUCAAAGAGGAGACCUUCAGUAGUGAUGUUCCAAACGGGAAACCAUUGUUUCACACCCUCCCUUCUGAGAAUGGCCCAUCUAAGUAUGUGCUCAGGGAGGAUUUGCCGAAGCACCCUGAUGAGCCCAAGCAUGAGCUCCUGGAGAAACUUAGCCCCAAGUUACAGGAAAAAUCAAACAAGCUUUGCCAAGCUAGUGUGCACUCCCUGCAUCAGUCCCAUGUGCAGGAACAAUGGCACACCAGCCUAACUGUGUAUAAUUCCCACCCGGGCUCAUCUGUAAAUAAAGAGACUUCAAACCAUGUGGGAAUGGUGUUGCCUACAUUAAAACAGAAGCCAUUCCAGAGUGCUCCAGCUUCAGAGAUGGUUGCCAACAAGGGAGAACUCCCAAGCAAGGAAGAGUCAUGUUUUAGUUAUGCACCAUUGUUGUACCCAAGGAGCAACCCUGGGAUCAUGUCUCCAUUAGCUAAGAAGAAGCUCCUGUCCCAAGUUAGUGGGACAGCCUUACCCAGCAACUACUCCUUGGGUCCACCUCCUCCUUUAGUUAGUAAGAAAUGUAUGAACAAAAGCCCUGAGGAUGAGUCUCCAGUGCAGGACUCCCAAAUACCCACCACACCAGAGACUGGAUUGAUCAACCGUCCAUCAGUAAUACAACACGCUCACAGCUUUAAAUCCCGCGGCGCAGAGGAAAGGAGGUCCUCAACUGAGUCCUUGAAGGCAGAUCUGUGUGGAACAUCAGAGCCUUUUAAAUACAGCCCUUCCCAGCCCCAUCCACAGCCUAGCCCCACUAGGGAACCCUACCUGCUUAAUACAGAUGGUCACCACUGCAUGGAAAAUACUGGGGAGAGGAAGACACUAUACCCCUCGCAAGGGCCAAACUUCAUGGGUGACUUCUACUCCUCUCCUAACCUGAACAGCAUAUACCGGCAGACAGAACACCAUCUGAGCAAGGAGCCAUUGACAAAGUACUUGAACAGAGAAUUGCUGUUUUCAAGAGAUUGUGAGAGUACUCAGAGUUUCCCUGCAAACAAGAACCCUGAUAAUGUUGUCUUAAGUUAUGGUAGUUCAAGUGAAAAUGAAAAAAUGACAUUGGAAGACCAACCAACGGAUUUGAGUCUUCCCAAGUCCACUCCUCACAAACCAGCAUCCUCCAAGGGUUACAGCAUUAUGCAUCAGGACAUGAAGAGUCCCCCUCUUUUUCAGGUGGGCAGCAGCCAGGCGUCGAACCUAGAGUACCACCCCAAGGCCUGCAGGGUGCCCCCGAUGACCAUAGCCACUCAGAAUAAAGUGAUGGACACUCCACUGAGAGCCCCGGGGAAAUUGCAGAACAGCCAAGGGGAAGACAUUGUGGGCCCCAAGAUGGAGGAUGUGGCAAGACCCAUCCUGAGCUCAAAAUGCAGCCCACAGAAUGUUGGUGCUGCCAGACCCUUGAAGAGAAAAUUGGAAGAACUGGAGAACGGGAUCACAGAGAAGAAGAUUCGAGCUGUGACGCCCAUGCACUCCAACAAGGACACUACGGCAGGGAAGUCAAAGACACCUGACCCAGAAUGCGGGGGACUAAAACCAUCUGAUUCGGUCCAUGCUGUACAUGUCAAUAGUUAUGUGGAAAGCCACAAGUUCCCCCUUCAUUCCCCCAUCUUUCCAGGAUUGUACCCUGGGACAUUCCUCUCUCAGGUCCAGGACAUGUGUGACAGCCUGGGGUCUCGCCUCCCAUCAGGGUACUCGCACCCCCUGCAGUACUUGAAGAACCAGGCCGUUGUCUCCCCACUGGUGCCCCCAUUCACCAUCCACUCCUUAAUGAUGCAGAGGCAGCUCUUGGCUUCUGCAGGAAGCCCACCCCAUCUAUAUCGCCAUCCCGUAGGGGCUUCCUAUGGGGAAAUCCUCCAUCACAGCUUGUACCCGCUGUCAGCUCUGAGUUCCCAGCCAGCCUUUAGCCCCCCACAGCUCUCCUCUGUGCACCCCAGCACCAAACUUUCAUAGGCAGGUUAGAUUGAGGUAUCCUGUCCUGUUGGAUGUGCUUACCCAGCACAAGAGGUUAAUGCUGUCAGACAUAGCAGAUUAACUGAAGGUGCUUAAUACCGGGGAGCAGUCCCCGUUUGUGCAAGUAUUGGCCACUUAAUUUUAUAAUUUGCACAUUUGGGUUUCUUUAAAGUGAAGAGGUGACUUAAACAAUGAGGUUCUGCAGCUGUUAUUGGAAUGACAGCAAGUUUCUAAAGGCCAAAUGUUGAGAUCAAUGCAAUGUAUAGAGCAGGAAUAAGAAAUGAUAGGUUGCCAUUUUGGAAACACUAAAAGACAUUUCACUACACUGUCAAAGCAACUGUAUGGGAGGCUUACUGAGAAAUUAGGAAUGUCUUUCAUUUUAUCAACUAUUUAAUGUGCAUUGCCUGUUUGAGUGUAACCGACCGGUUCAGUGUGGUAGUGGGCAUCUACUUUCAACCAACAGGGAAUAUGAGUGACAAAUGCAGCUGAAUGCAACAACGUAGACCUGAGUAUUGCAGUGUACAGCAGAUCCAUGUAUAUAGAAGAAAUAUGGUUUCCUUGAAGAAAUUUUCAGUCCUGAACUGUGAAAAGUUCACAUGCUGUUGGCCUCAGAUGCACCACUGACUUUUUUUUUUUUCUAAAAAAAAAAAAAACACACACCACAGUGCUGUAGAACAUGUUUGCUAAAGGUUUAACAGUGGUUUUGUACAUAGUAAAACUUACUCCAUAAUUUUAUACACCAUUCCCUGCCUACUGUAUUUUCUGAAUGCUCUGAGCUACCAGCUGGUGUUUGGGAUGUGUGGAAGAAGGGAGUGUAGUUUUGAAGUCCCAGUAAAACCUGCAGGUUACAUUUUUGUUCUUCAGCAGGAUUGAAAGCCUUUAUUGUGCAGCAUUGUUUCAGUUGGGCCACAGAGCAUUUCACUUGCACAUUUGAAAGGUAAUGCUGGGCUUUUGUAUCUACUCUUAGUAAACCACAGGCUCUACCUGUUUUAUGGACCUUCACCUCAAGGAGGUGAAGAGGCGUUGUAAAGCAGGCUGUUAAGAAGUGUGUGUGUGUGUGUGUGUGUGUGUGUGUGUGUGUGUGUGUGUGUAUUUUUUUUUUUUAAAUCUGAUGACCUUCAAAUGAAAAGGGUUUCAACUCUAAUCAUACAAUAUGCAAUCUACAGAAUGAAUUAAGCACAUCCCAGCUAACAUAAUACAUUAUCACAACAUUGCGUAUAAUGGAAAACAAUAUUACUAGCAUAUCUUAGCACAGAUUUAGAGAAUGUUGCAUAAAACACUACAUCUUCAAAAUAGUUUAAAACCAUUAAAACAGUGUUCUUACAACUUUUUUCUCCCACAACCUUAAAAAAUGUUGUGGCAGUGUAAUUUGGCUAGUUGGGAUGCGAUUCAGGAGACUACAGGGAAAAAAGUAGCUGAUGGCAGCAUGGUGAUAAAUCUUGGGUCAGUGAUUUUAGCCAAAAUGUAUUUAAUCAAAAUGUAUUUGCUCCAGUACUGUUUCGCAUGACCUUCAAGGUAGGUAACAGUUUUUAUAUAAAUAGUAAAAAUGCAUAAAACCCGAUUUGCACAGUUUUUGUUUUUAGGUGCAUAUGACUCAAAAAGCACUGUCAUCUCUGAGGUCAUGUAAAUCACAAAUGUUAAAUAUGAGGACAAUGAUUAGUAUGUUUCCGCUUCGCAAGUAUUUGUGCCUUUUAUAUCGGGUAAUGAAAAUAUAUUUAAUAAGUUUAAUAAGUUAAAUAACUUCUGUUUAAACAAACAAAUGUCUUAAUUUUGUUAAAAUAGGAAAUAUUGCAAUUUCCACACAUUUGCUGUAUAUAUUCACAAUAUGUGUUACACUGGGAUUGAUGAAAAGUGUUACCCCCAAUCCCCCCCCACAACUUCACGCACACAUAAAGCAACUCCUUAUUAUAUGGAAACUGUACCAGGUAACAUUUAGAAAAUGCAGGGCUUGACCCUUCAGGUUUCAUUUUACAGGGACGCUUGCUAUUAGUGUUUGAGGUUAGUAUUUUGAAUGUUUGUCAGGAGUUCCAGAAACCACUUUCAGUUCAAGACUGUCACAUCCAUCUCUUCUGGGUCUUUGAAGUUUGGCAUCUGUUCUUUUGGCUUGAAAAAAAAAACUGUUUUAAAUACUUUUAUGUUGCUGUUUUUGCUGUAAAUAAUGUAUACUUUUGACAGUUAUUUUUUUUUCAUUUUGUGUGUAAUUAUUUGUAUAUAGUAAAAGUAGAGUUGGUAACACAGUACAGUCUGUCAAUGUUUUUCAGGUUGUGAGUGACCUUAUUAGUUUGAAGCAACACUACAUUUAGGAACACUGAGUUGACUAUACCCCCCGUCAGUUUUUGUUUUGUAUUUUUUUUCCAAUUUGUACUUAUUGAAAUGCUUUUGAUACAAUGUGCCAUCAGUUUCCCAAUCACAUAGCUGGCAACAAUAUUUUGUACUUUA